CGGUGUGGUUGGGAUGGAAACCCAGCCUGAAGAGCUCAGACCUGGACAGGGAGGCCCUGCUGGGUGGGAGCCUGGCCGGGCCUGGGACCCCUGCGGCAGAGGGAGGCAUAUAGUGGCACUGGUCGGCCCAGCUCUGAGCUGGGGUGCACCCUCGUCUCUUCCAUCUCCCUGCUCCCCGCCUACUCCAUGUGGCUGCUUCUCUCCUGCUCCAGCUGACCCCACGUUCCUAACCCUUCUGGAGCCUCAGUUACCUUCUCUGCCCCAUGCAGAGGUGGGACGGUCCGGUGAGCCUGCCCCAGGAUGCUCCGGGGGCGUGGAUGACCAGCCGCGCAGCCCCACACGGCCCAGGCCCGGAUGCCGCGCCCUAGUCUCCUGACCCGGGGACCCCGCCCGUCGCGGGACUGAGCUGCCCGAGCCCGCCGAGCCAGCAGCGACGGCGCAGGGACCCGGGGGAAGGGGCUCGGCGCGGGCGGGAAGCAUUUUCCCCCAGCGGCUCGGCAAGAUGACCAGCCUGUUCCGCCGGAGCAGCAGUGGCGGCGGCGGCGGGGGCGGCGCGGGCGGCUCGGCGGGGGCGCGCGGGGCCGGGGGCAGCGCGGCGGCGGCCUCGCAGGAGCUCAACAACAGCCGGCCCGCCCGCCAGGUGCGCCGCCUCGAGUUCAACCAGGCCAUGGACGACUUCAAGACCAUGUUCCCCAACAUGGAUUACGACAUCAUUGAGUGCGUGCUGCGCGCCAACAGCGGCGCCGUGGACGCCACCAUCGACCAGCUGCUGCAGAUGAACCUGGAGGCGGGUGGCGGCAGCGUCUACGAGGACAGCUCGGACUCGGAGGACAGCAUCCCCUCGGAGAUUUUGGAAAGAACCUUGGAACCUGAUAGCUCAGAUGAGGAGCCCCCGCCUGUGUACUCCCCGCCAGCCUACCACAUGCACAUGUUCGACCGGCCUUACCCUCUGGCUCCCCCAACGCCACCUCCCCGCAUCGACGUGCUGGUCACCGCGCCCCCUUCCGGCCAGAGGCGCUAUCGCAACUGGAACCCCCCACUGCUUGGCAACCUCCCCGAAGACUUUCUCCGCAUCCUGCCCCAGCAGCUGGACAGCAUACAGGCUAACUCCGGGGGCUCCAAGCCCACGAGUGCAGAGGCAGGCCAGCCCCCGGGGAUCGGGGCUGGGCCCCGGGAACAGGAGAGCCGCUGGAAGCAGUAUCUGGAGGAUGAGAGGAUCGCGCUCUUCCUGCAAAACGAGGAGUUCAUGAAGGAGCUGCAGCGCAACCGUGACUUCCUGCUCGCCCUGGAGAGAGAUCGAUUGAAGUAUGAGUCCCAGAAAUCUACAUCUAGCAGCGUGGCUGUUGGGAAUGACUUUGACUUUCCCUCUCCUGUCCCAGGAACCAGCGACACCAACGCCACCGUAUCUGAAGAUGCCUUAUUCCGGGACAAGUUGAAACACAUGGGAAAGUCCACCCGGAGGAAGCUGUUUGAGCUGGCCAGGGCCUUCUCAGAGAAGACCAAGAUGAGGAAGUCAAAGAGGAAACACUUGUUGAAGCAUCACUCGCUAGGGGCUGCGGUGUCAACAGCUAAUCUCCUGGAGGACGUGGAGGGCCACGCUUGUGAUGAGGACUUCCGGGGAAGGCGACAGGAGGUACCCAAGGUGGAGGAAGCCCUAAGGGAAGGACAGUAAGAGAUGCCAGCAGUUCCUCCUUGCCGGAGACGAUCUGACCUGGUGGAGGCAGCCCGAGAGCAACCUGGCCCCCAGCUGAGGAGCCCAGCUGCAGCCGGACAGAUGGUGCUUGAGUUCUGAGGCCCAGUGAUUCUCCGGCCACAGUCCAGCCUAGCCACUGCCACUGCCACUGCCACUGCCACUUUUCAUGGGACUUAGAACUUCAGAGUUGCAUGCUGUGAUUGGAGGAAGGACCUGAGGGUGGGGGGAGGGGCGACAGCCAACCACAGCCCCUUUCGUAGCCGGGCUGUUCUAUGGGGAAUGAGUGGAAAUGCAGGAUCUAACUCCUCUUGUUUAAGGAAAAAAAAAAAAAAAUCCCAGGAAAUAGGCAAAGGUUGGAGUUCCCGUAAGGGGAGGAUGACCCUUCCAGAGGCUCUCAUUGGCCUGGAGGUGUAGCCCCUGCCUCCCUCCUGUCCUGGUCUCUCCUGCAGGGCUACAGACACUGCCUGAUCCCCUACCCCCAUCCCCAGCUCCCUUCUGGGCACCUUGGGCCAUUUAUUCCCAUGGCCUCCUGCAUCUCAGCCUUUCCCCAGGGUGCUGGCCCUCAGCACACCCCUGCACAGAGCUCUGGGUGAGAGAGCCCUGGGCAGUCACUCAGGCCCCCUCUGAGGAGUGAUGGGCCACCGCAGAGAGGUAUCUGCUGGCCACCCUACCUGGGCCCCUCCGGCUGCUUCUGUUCGGGGCUGGCACAGGCCCCCAGCAGGGAUGGGGAGGCUGGCCACCCCGGAGCUGGAGGAUUCCUCCGAGGCAGGGGUCGUCUUUACUUUGGCAGAAGACAAAAGCCAGUUCUGGAUGGGACCCUGCAGUCCCACGAGAGUAGGGGCGCAAGGGACUCUGGCUCCCCAGCUGGACUGGAGGUUCUGCUGUCACUCAGGGUGAGCAGCAGCCAGUUCUUUACCUGAGAAGGUGCAGGACUGAGGGGCAAGAUGAAAAGACUGCCAGCCUGGGCAGGAGCCCCUGGGGCGGAAGGGCUUGCUGGGUGCCCUGUGCCAAGACGGAGAAAGCAAACGGAAAAAGAAAGCAACGGAUCUAUGAACCUGACCUGGCACCAUCCACUGCUGACGGGAGGGAGGCUGCCUGGCCCUUCUGGCCUGCCAUUGAGAUGGGAAGGCGCUGACCUCAGGAGAACCAGGAAGCCUGGGCAGGCAAGGCUCUGGCCUGGGCGAGGGGCCAGCCCAGCCAAGGGGCCUUGGGGCAUUGGGAGUGGGCGCCAAGCCUUGGCUGGGAAGUGGGGGUGCUGGUGACCUCAAGUCACCCCGGGAUAAUGAGGGCGUGGCGGAGGCCAGGCGGGUCUGAGUCGCCCCUCGCCCUGCGGUGCCGUAAGGGGAUCCUGGCCCGGGCUCCACAUCCCGAACGACCGAGUGGAGCAGCGCAGCGCGGCUGCAUUCCUGCUCCCUGGGCCCUCGAUGCGCCGAUGACCCGCAUUCAAAGGAGGCGGAGCCCCUGUCCCCAUCUGUGUAUGUGUGGCUUUGUUAGUUUUUCUGUUUUCGUUUUUUUCUCCUACGUGUGGGUUUUUUCUUGGAGCUGUUUCAUAGGAAUUCGUGUAAUAAAGACUUGGUGUUCUCUUGGUGCUCUGA